AUGGAGUUUUUAAUUGAUCGUAAUAUUUUAUAUCUAUAAUAUUAGAUAAAUGUGAAAUGUGUGAAUUGUUGAGAAGAUUAAAUGAGGUUUAAUUAGGAUUACAUAAUCAGAUGAAUAUAUCACAGAUGAUGGAUAUAAAAAUUUAAUUUAGGAGAAUGUUAAAGAUAGAAAAGAAUGGAAUUUAGUAAGAUUAUAAAUUAGAGAUAUGA